AACUAAGCUUAGUUUUACAAGAUGGUCUGCUGAUUGGAAAUCAGCUACAGGACUAUUUGAACAGGCUGCUAUUGGUUUCAGGACGAGGAAAGAUAAUUUGAAGGCGAAGGAAGCAUUUGAGAAGGCUUCAAAAGGCCAAGAAAUGAUAUCAUCGCCUUGGGAUGCCGCCAAACAUAUGGAAUCUGCUGGUGCUUUAGCUAAGGAUCUUAACAGCUGGAAUGAGGUUUCUGACCUUUACAAGAGGGCAUCGGAGUUAUAUAUGGAAUGUGGAAGAUCACAACCGGCUUCAGAUGCACUUGCAAAAGGUGCUCGUGCUUUGGAAGAUGUUCAACCAGAGGAAGCUAUUCGGUUGUACAAUGAUGCCUGUGGGAUUUUGGAAGAGGAUGGGAAAGAACAAAUGGCUUUUGAGCUAUAUCGUGCUGUCACAAGCAUUUACAUUAAACUUGAGAA